AUGGAGCCAGAUGCAUAUGCAUUAGCGGUAAAGCAAGGACGCAGCAUAUUAGCGAGGACCUGCCGAAUUGUACAGACACUUCUAUCUGCGCAAGGCGGUGUCCAGGUCCAGAACCCUCGCAGAACAUCUCAGGUGGACAUGUAUCCUCUCGAUAAAAACUGCGGGAGUAACGAACGUUCUGUUCUCUCGCAAGGCGGCGCAAGUUUGGGAGAUGCUCAAAAAGUCCGUCCGUGGCUCCAAGUAGUUGCUGCCAGCUUCCGGGUCGCCCUGAGAUGGUUUCAUCGAAGCCCUUUAAAGCACCUCCACCCGGAGACGACACCCCCCGCCGAACCGUUAGUCCUCCUCAACCUUACGUGCGUCUUUGGUCGGUACAUCGUGCUUUCGGUGUCGCGCAGCGCAGCUGGCACGGUGGCGUGGGAGGACAAGGCGCGUACUGGAAAGGUAGCGGAUGCGGAGGAGGACGCGAGGGCGUUGGCGGAUAAGGAGGGGGAGGGGGAGGGGGAGGAGGAUGAGGCUAAGAAGGAGGAUCAAGAGCUCUGGGGUGUGCGGGAUGCGAUAGGGAGCAGGAACCUGAGCGUGUAG